AUGUCUAGUCCCCAAGAAAGAUACCUUGCCGCUAUUGAGGCCAACCGGAAAGUUAAUCCGCAGACGAUGGACGAUCUCUUCAAACAACUCCCUCCGGCUAAGCCCGAGCAGCUGCUUGGUGACUGGAACGGGGGGUAUUUUGAUACAGGACAUCCAGUUGCCACGCAGUUAGCGGAUAUCAAAUGGGUCGGAAAGUCAUUCAGGACCCUUGAAGAUGUCGAUCCUGUGAUUAUCGACCAGGGAGGAAAGCGAGUUAGCUGGGGGCAAUGGGGAUUUGCCAGUGUGCGUGAAAUGGUGUACGGCGGAACAGCUUCUGCAGCGAUGAUCUAUGACGACCGACCUAUCUUUGACCAUUUCCGUUAUGUCAAUGACAACCUUCUCGCCGGCGUGAUGGAGGGUAAAGGCUUGGGGCAUGAUGGCCCAUUCUGCUUUUAUUUAAAGAGAUAG